CAACCUUCCUCUUUCCAACCAACAACCCUAUUCCUUAUUUCCCCCCUCGAAACAACCUCCUCAACUUCCUCGUCCUCCUCCUCCACACGAGUUCUCCGUCCCUUAACAGUCGUCUAGAACCCUAUUUCGCGCGUUGUGCCCUCGCUAUCCCUCGUUACCCUCGCUUCUCGUUCGGAAGUUCAAGAACAAGAAACAUACACCUGUCACUCAUUCACUUUAUAUUCUUUUUGCCAAGUCAACUCGUAACAGAGCAUGUCCGCAUAGAGUCGCUGAAUCCGCCUCCGUCUCAGUUCCAGUCCUUCCUUUGGCCUUUUCCGCUCUCUCUACCCUUCUCUACCAAAGCCGCCCAGGAUGGUGGAAAAACGCCCUUCUACCGACGGUCUCGUCGAUAAUAUCGAUCCGCGCUCAUCCAAUGAUAUCGAACUCGAGGAAUUGCCCAAAUAUGAGCAGCCGGAAGCGCCCGUGGCUCUGCCACUCAAGGAGAAGCUGAUUACCUGCUUCUGGAUAGCCAUGAAUACCUUGUCUACGGUCCUGUUGGUUUUUCUGAGUAAAUCGGUCUUUAGCGACAAGCAGCUCCAGAAGUGCCAACUCAUGGUCGUAAUGUGGCAUUUCACCGCUACGGCUCUCGUGCUUUUCAUCUCGACCCGCGGCCCGUUCCGUGCCUUCAAGGCAGUGCGCAUCAACCCUAAGGACAUGUUGCCUGUCUGCGCUUUCUUCGCCGGUUACGUCGUGCUUGGAAACCUUAGUUUGACCUACAACUCGAUCGGAUUCUACCAGCUUGCCAAGGUCAUGACAACGCCCUGCGUCGUCCUGUUGAACUUUGUCCUGUUCAGGAAGACCGUCACCCGCUGGAUGCUGGCAGCCAUCUUGGCUACUUGCAUUGGUGUUUCAUUCACCAUCAACGAAGCCGCCAAGACGCAGCUGUUUGGUGUCAUUAUUGCUACCAUGGCUUUCUGCUCGACUGCGCUCUACCAGAUUUGGAUCGGAAAGAAGAUCGAAGACUUUGCGGUUUCUGCUCCCCAGCUGCUCCUCAAUCAAGCUCCCAUCUCCGUAUUGUUGCUCAUUCCUUUCGUCCCGUUCUUCGACCAAAUGCCAGACCUCAGCCUUGUCCCCAACAAGAUCUUGUACUCCGUUUGCGCAUCCGGCAUCAUGGCCUCGCUUUUGAACUUGUCGCAGUUCUUGAUCAUCGGACGGACCUCAGCCCUUACCUUCAACAUCGUCAGCCAUCUCAAGACUAUCAUGAUCCUCUCCAUUGGCUGGUACAGUGAGGGCAAGAUCUUGAGCCCCCGCGAGUGGCUCGGUGUGCUCCUUGCUCUUGGUGGUGGUUGGAUGUACUCGCACUUGGCUCUGAAGGCGAAGAAACAGGGCAAAUGAGAACGUCUGUAAGAAACGUAAUCCGGGCACGAUGUUUCACAAAACUUCAGCGUAAAGCAUUUGAUGGGGUGUACGGCGAAUGUAUAAACGACAUUUUCUUUUCUCAUAGAUCAAGAUCAUACGAUUUGGAGGGAUCGAUCUCAUAGACGACGGGGACCGGACGUUGUUGGGUGUUUUUCUUGAAUCAUUUAUCAUUUCAUUUAGGGUGGUCAUUAGCCUGUUCCUUUCCGGUCACAUCUCUUUCUCGUCGAUCUUGUUCGCAUUCGAAUACCACAG